AAACAAAAGCUUAAAAAAAAGUAGUAAAAACCAGUUUGUCAGCAAACACACAUUGUGGUCCACUGAAGAGAUUUAGGCGCGCGCCACGGCAACCUUGAACAACUGAACGGCUUGUUGUUGAUGCUACAAAUAAUAAUCAGAAGCACAAAGUAAAAAAAAGAGAAGAGACAAUUGAUAAGCAAACAGACUGCGGGAGAGCGUUUGUUGCUUUUGUUUUGUUUUUUAGUCGUCGCCCGGCUACAUAACGGAAGUGUCGUUUUUCUCACUCCUACUCGAACGCAACCAUUCGCAUUGAACUUCAACAAAGACAAGGAAAAAAAAUACAUUUUCUGACUGAAACUCAACUUGCUUAAGUCUAUAUGCGCAUGUUUCUAGCUCCAUAGCAUAAUCUACAGCUACGCAACGCGCCACCUUUUUGUUUUUUCUUGUUUUUAUCAAAGAUCAACGCACGCAUUAAGCGUUAAUACGUAAUCAGUCAACGGCGUGGUGGCGCUGCGUGCGGUAAGAAGCAGAACCAAGAGAGCAGCAAGAACGAGACGGGAAGCAGAAAGGACGUGAACGAUCAUAACAAGCAACAACAAGUGGCGCUGCGCACAGAAAGAGUAAGACGAAAAGCAGAAAGGACUAUUAAGCUAUACAACAGCUGGCGCAGCGUGCGGUAAGAAGCAAAACCGUGACGGGAAGCAGAAAGGACGUGAGCGAUAAACACACGCAACCACAGGUGGCGCUGCUACAGAAAGGCGAAAGGACUAUUACGCUACACAACAACAGCUGGCGCUGUGUGCGUAAGGGAAGCGAUAAAGAGAGAACGAUCAGUCUACGCUACAAAAGACGGCGCUGCGCACAGAAACAACGAGAAGCAGAGAAGAGCGAUAAUUCCAGACAAGAGCAACAACAACAAUUAUUAUGGUUUCGUAUUUUGUACCGCGCGGUCGUUUUCUAUUAAAAGCUGGCAAUGUGCGCAAGGCAAUGCAAGAGCAACAGCAGCAGCUGCAACAACAAAAACAACACAUGCCACAAAAUGGCAAUUGGUCAAUGCUGCGACACUUUCGACAAUUGCCAACAAAUGCGGCGUCCAAUGAAACGACAGCGCUGUCCAAGUCGAAAUCGAUUUCGAAGUCGAAUGUACAACAACAGAGUCAGCGUCAGUUAACAGUGCGUCGCAAUGUGCUCGCACGCUGGACGGGAUUCCUGUUGCGCUGGGCGCCCAUGGGAUUGUGUGUGUUUGGCGCCAUCGAAUGGCAGCUGCACAAGCUGCGCUGCUCCCGCAAGGGAACACCCAGUACCGCCUCCGAGUUCCAGUCCAUGGUGUACUGCUCACUUCCGCUAAGGAUCAUGAGUCGCUGCUGGGGUUGGUUGGCAUCCUGCUAUAUGCCCAGUAUGAUGCGUCCAUAUGUCUAUGGCUGGUACUCGAAUAUGUUUAAUGUGAACUUGAAUGAGGCACUGCAUCCGGAUUAUCAGCAUUACAACAGCAUGGCCGAGUUCUUUACGCGUCCUUUGAGGGAAGGAGCACGUGUCAUCGAUGCCAAGGCUCCAUUAGUAUCACCUGCCGACGGCAAAGUGCUGCAUUUUGGCAGCGCCUCCGAUUCCCGGAUUGAACAGGUCAAGGGCGUCAACUAUAGCAUUGAGGAUUUCCUUGGACCCAUUGAGAGAUCGGGUUUGAGUUAUGCAAAGGCGCUGAAACAGCAACGAGAUGAUUCCACGGAGCUCUAUCAAUGUGUCAUCUACUUGGCACCGGGAGAUUACCAUCGGUUUCAUUCACCCGCCGCAUGGCAGCCGACGGUGCGUCGUCAUUUCACCGGUGAGCUGUUAUCAGUGAAUCCCAGUGUGGCCAGCUGGUUGCCCAAUCUCUUUUGUCUGAAUGAGCGUGUACUCUAUAUGGGCAACUGGCAGCAUGGAUUCUUCAGUUAUACAGCGGUGGGUGCCACCAAUGUGGGAUCUGUGGAGAUCUAUAUGGAUGCACAGUUGAAAACCAAUCGCUGGACCGGCUUCAAUGUUGGCGCUCAUCCACCCAGUACCUAUGAAUAUGAUGAACUGCAUCUGGCAGCUGAUAAUGAUAAGAAAUCCAUCACUCGACCAAACUUCAAUAAAGGCGAUCUCAUUGGACAGUUUAAUAUGGGCAGCACAAUUGUGUUGCUCUUUGAGGCGCCAAAGAAUUUCAAAUUUGAUAUUGAGGCAGGUCAAAAGAUAAGAGUCGGUCAAUCGAUCGGUCACAUUGAAGAGCGCAAAUGAGUUAUCGAUUACAGCCAUCGAUCGAUCGGUCUAUCGACACAACAACAAUUUGUGAUGAGCGCUGCUGUUUUACCAAUUUCGUUUUGUAUCCUAUAUAAUAGAUAUGUAUGUGUAUUAAGUUGCCAUUAA